AUGAGAUUCAAGACUUCGAUCAAAAAUAUCCAAACGUUUUCCAAACUUGCAUCUUCGCUAUCGCACUUGGGUAAGUUGGCAUGGGUUCGAUUGGAUGAAGAUGCCGUUCGCUUUACCGUUAUUCCUGAGGUGGGGACACAGGUCUGGGCAUCCCUAUCUAUUGAUUCAAUUUUCGAGGAAUAUACCAUCCAGUCAGCUGCCCCGAACAACACCAUCAACCUAGAGCUUCCCCUUCUCCCCCUAACCCGCGCCCUCAAAUCAGCCAUCAACGCAUCCUCAGCCUCCAUCCGCCUCACUAAACGAAAAGGAAUACCAGUUCUCUCUCUCACCAUAAUUACCCAUAUAGCUAGUGGUAGCAAUGCCGCCAGUGGACUCUUCGACGAAAACAACGGCGACGAUGGUCGGUCGCUUCGAGAAGAGAGUCUGGAUACUAUGAUUCCACGUGAUCGUGAAGCGAUUGUCACGCAGGAUAUUCCCAUCCGCGUCCUAACUGCCGAAAGUGUCGACGGAAUUCAUGAGCCUCGAGUGCGUGAGCCAGAUGCGCAUGUUAUUCUGCCCUCACUCAUUCAGCUAAAAGCCAUAUCAGAUCGCUUUACUAAGCUUGCCAUGUCGCCUAGCGCGGGACCUGGUAAAACUAGUUCUACCACUCCUGGGCCCAAACUCGAAUUAGCUGCGAAUAUGCACGGCGGUCUGAGACUUAGCAUAUCCACCGAUGCUCUAAGCAUUUCAAGCGUUUGGACAGGCUUGACGAACCCAGAAUUAGACCCGAGUCAGGUUGGUGAUGGGGAGGAGAGCCUAGCUGAUCACCCCAGCACUAGAUUAAGAAUGGCAGGACCAGAGGCUUGGUCGACGGUGCGGAUUGACGGUCGAGACUGGGGCAAGGUACUGAGUGUUGGUCGACUCGGUGGGCGUGUGAUAGCAUGCUUUGCUAAUGAACAUGCCCUGAUACUUUAUGUCUAUCUCUCCAAUCAUGAGGGCUUUGAUGAGUCGGUUUUAACAUAUUAUAUUUCGUCUUACAGUAUGUAA